AUGAACAUUGACUCGUUGACCAAGAUCCUGAAGAUGACAGGUGCAACUGACUCGUUGAAGAUUCGACACCAGACAGAUGCCGACACAGUGAACUUCCAGUGUGAAGGCUCAGAUGAUCGCAUUGCCGACUUCGAUUUGAAGCUCAUGCAAAUCGAGAGCGAACACAUGGAAAUCCCGGAGCAGCACUACAAGGUUGUCGCGAAGUUGCCUUCUUCUGAAUUUCAGAAGGUUUGCCGUGACUUGAAGGAGUUUGGCGAGACCAUUCAGAUCACUGGCAGCAAAGAAGGGUUGAAAUUCAUGGUGCAGGGUGAUUUGGGCAGCGGCAAUGUGAUGUUGAAGCCUCGUGAGGGAGAGAAGCCCGAGGAGAAGGUAUCACUCACAGUCCAUGAGCCAGUUACUGCCACAUUUGCGCUUCGCUAUUUGGUGAAUUUUGCGAAGGCAGAGAAGCUUUGUGGUUCCGUUGAACUGGGUCUUAGUCCUGAUGCUCCCCUGCUGGUGAAGUAUGACUUGGAGACUGCAGACAAGGGCCACAUGCAGUUCUAUCUUGCGCCAAAGAUAGACGAGUGA